GCAAAAUUUUCAGCAAGCAGAAAAAUCCACUCAAUUGAAAAACACCAGAUCAUAGAAUUGCUAAUCGAUCUCUCAGUACUGAUUCAGAUUUCCUGAACCGAAAGCAAGUAAUUUUCAAAGGACCUUGUGCAACACAGCUUUUGGAUAAACUUUGCACUUGUCCUGGUUAUUGUCAGCAUGGAAUCCGAGUUAGUACUGCACAAUGGUGGUUGCCACUGUAAGAAAGUAAGAUGGCAAGUCCAAGCACCUACUAGUGUUGUUGCUUGGAAAUGCAACUGUUCCAACUGCUCCAUGAGAGGAACCAUUCACUUCGUUGUCCCACGUCAAAGGUUCGAGCUUUUGGGUGAUUCAGAGGAGUUCAUUACUACCUACACUUUCGGAACUCACACUGCAAAGCAUACGUUUUGUAAGGUUUGUGGAAUAACUUAUACCCAACGGUCGAACCCCGAUGGCAUUGCUGUGACACUUGCAUGUUUAGACCCUGGAACGCUUUCCCAUGUUGAGAUUCGGAAUUUCGAUGGCAAGAAUUGGGAAUGAUCAGAGUGGCAUUGCUUUACAAUCCAAAACUCAUUCCACCAAGUAGCUCUCAUUUCAGGUUUAUCAAUGGCUUUCACAAAGAGGAUUACCCUUAAUUUGAUUGUCUUUUAAAAAUGCAGUCGUUUAGCUUCUACUUUACAUCCGAUGUGUAUUGGGGCUUCAUGGAACUGGAUGCUAUAUGUAUGGUACUUGUGUGUGUGUCUGUCUGUAUGUCUGUAUGUAUAUGUGUUCUAACUUUUGUUCUCUUGUUGGUAGCCAUAAAAGUUUUGCUGUAAUUGGAGUUUGCUAUGAAUAAACUCUAUGUUAUGAUUUACGCAA